CCUCUCCCCUCACUUCCAAAUCCCUCCAACCAAACACUUUAGGAAAAUAAAAGAAGAAGAAAAACAAGGAAUAGAAACGAAAUUCCCAAAUUCAUAUCCCAAUUGAUAUUUCAAAAUUUCUCGUGCUGGGUUUAUCCUUGUCUCCCUCAGACCACUCCUACUUAUCCGAGCUUCCUCUUCAUUCUUCAGCCAUACCCAAAUUGCCAUCCAAAUUGCUUCAUUUAUAAUUUCUACGGAAAGGAAGGAAAAAAAAAAAAAGUGGACCAAUAAACAAAAAUGUCGGUUAUGGUGUCAACAUUCUUCGUAUCUUCAAGCGCCGAGAGUUUCAACACCAAGCUACCAUUGAACUACAAUACUGAUGCAAAUCUUAUAUCAAGAUUUCAGCUUUGCACUGGAUUAAAUAUCGGGAGAAAGAAGGAUAGGCACAUCAAUAAAUCUUUACACUCAGUUCGAAGUAGUGAAGCAAUUAUUCAGAAAACUGAGAAAAAACAUGGAAAAUCCUCCAGAAAAGGCAACAAGGGUUUAAUUUUGAGCGAAGGGAGGGAUGCGGAUGAAAAUUACGGGCUUAUAUGUCCUGGUUGUGGAGUGUUCAUGCAGGAUGCAGACCCGAAUCAUCCAGGUUAUUUCCAAAAAAGAAAAGUCGAAAAAUCAAUGGAGGCUACGGAGGAUUUGUUGGAUGACGAUUUUGAUGUAGACGAAGAUGAACUUGAGGAUUUUGAGGAUGACAUUGAGGGAAAUUUGGAAAAUAUCGAUAAAGACGUGGUCAACUGGGAUGCUGAAGACUGGGAAUCGGAUUUUGAGGACGAGGAAGACAAGUACUCGAGAGAGGUGGAUGGAUUCGUCCCUGCUGGGCUUGGAUAUGGAAACAUCACAGAGGAAACCCUAGAGAGGAGCAAAAAGAAGAAGGUCUCGAAGGCCGAGAGGAAAAAGAUGGCGAGGGAGGCUCAGAGAGAGAAGGAAGAGGUCACGGUUUGCGCCAGGUGUCACUCUUUGAGAAAUUACGGGCAGGUCAAGAAUCCCACUGCCGAAAAUCUGAUACCCGAUUUUGAUUUUGACCGGCUGAUAAGCACGAGACUAAUGAAGCCCACUGGGACAGCCGACUCUACUGUGGUGGUUAUGGUUGUCGACUGUGUCGAUUUUGAUGGGUCAUUUCCAAAACGUGCAGCCAAGUCCCUUUUCAAAGCUCUUACGGAAACUAAAGAAGGUUCGAAGCUCUGUAAAAGGCUGCCCAAGCUCGUUCUUGUUGCCACAAAGGUCGAUCUUUUGACUUCGCAAAUUUCGCCCGCUAGGUUAGAUAGAUGGGUUAGGCACCGCGCAAGGGAAAAUGGGGCCCCCAAGCUUAGUGGGGUUUAUAUGGUUAGUUCCAAGAAGGAUUUGGGUGUGAAGAACUUGCUGGCAUUUGUUAAGGAAUUGGCGGGUCCCAGAGGGAAUGUUUGGGUCGUUGGGGCCCAGAAUGCUGGGAAAUCGACUUUGAUCAAUGCUUUUUCGAAAAAGGAAGGCGUUAAGGUGGCGAAGAUUACUGAAGCUCCUAUUCCAGGUACAACGCUUGGGAUCUUGAGAAUUGGAGGGAUUUUGCCAGCUAAGGCAAAGAUGUAUGAUACACCGGGUUUAUUGCACCCGUACUUGAUGUCCGUGAGAUUGAAUAGGGAUGAACAGAAAAUGGUCGAGAUACGGAAAGAGCUCCAACCUCGAACUUUCAGGAUAAAGGCAAUAUUUACCCUCAUCAUGAGGAAAUUUCAAUACACUAAUCGAGAUCCGCCUAAAAGGCUCUGCAUUGUGAAGCGUAAUCUUUAUCUCUUGAUUCCUCAUCAAAUGGCUGGUCAAGCUAUACAUGUGGGUUGCCUAGUCAGACUGGAUCUUGACCAGGCUUCAGUAGAAACUAUCUAUGUAACUGUUUGGGCAUCCCCCAGUAUUUCUCUUCAUAUGGGGAAGAUCGAAAAUGCCUAUGAGAUAAAGAACAAUCAUGCUGGGAUUAGAUUGCAGCCGCCUAUUGGUGUAGAACGAGUUUCUGAAUUAGGAGAAUGGGUAAAAAGGGACAUUAAAGCAUGUGGAACAAGCUGGGACAUGAACAACAUGGAUGUUGCGGUGGCGGGCUUGGGCUGGUUCUCUUUAGGUCUAAAAGGUGAAGCAAGUUUAAGCCUAUGGACUUAUGAGGGCAUACAAGUCGAUUUGCGGGAGCCUUUGGUGCUCGACCGAGCACCUUUUCUUGAGCGGCCUGGCUUCUGGCUGCCAAAGGCCAUAUCUGAUGCUAUUGGGAAUCAAACUAGGCUUGAAGCUCGAUCGAGGAGAAAAGAUGAAGAAGGAAGUACAGAUUUGCUUUCUGGAGUGCAUACUGGAAAACAAAGACAGUAAUAUAUUUUGGUAUUUGACUACUUGUAGAGUGGUCUUGUACAAGUUUAAGAAAGAUUAAAUUUUUCGUUUGUUUCUAUGAUCCUAGUUCAUGGUCUUAAGUCUUAACGUUAAGUGUUAUUUUUUUUUUUUCUAAGUAAAUAUUAUAUAAAUAUGUUAUGCGUUUCUUGUAUAAAUAUAACUAAUGGUGACCCGCGCGUUGCAUGAGAUAAUAUGUUUGAUUUGAAAACAUAAA